CGGCGGCCGGGACCGGGACGAUGACUCUGGAGUCCAUGAUGGCGUGUUGCCUGAGCGACGAGGUGAAGGAGUCGAAGCGCAUCAAUGCGGAGAUCGAGAAGCAGUUGCGGCGGGACAAGCGCGACGCCCGGCGCGAGCUCAAGCUGCUGCUGCUCGGCACGGGCGAGAGCGGGAAGAGCACGUUCAUCAAGCAAAUGCGCAUCAUCCACGGCGCCGGGUACUCGGAGGAGGACAAGCGUGGCUUCACCAAGCUGGUCUACCAGAAUAUCUUCACCGCCAUGCAGGCCAUGAUCCGAGCCAUGGACACGCUCAAGAUCCUCUACAAGGACGAGCAGAAUGAGGCCAAUGCGCUGCUGCUCCGGGAGGUGGACGUGGAGAAGGUGACGACCUUCGAGCACCAGUACGUCAGUGCCAUCAAGACUCUGUGGGGCGACCCCGGCAUCCAGGAGUGCUACGACCGGCGGCGAGAGUACCAGCUCUCCGACUCUGCCAAGUACUACCUGACUGACGUGGACCGCAUUGCCACCUCGGGCUACCUGCCCACACAGCAGGACGUGCUUCGGGUGCGCGUGCCCACCACCGGGAUCAUCGAGUACCCCUUCGACCUGGAGAACAUCAUCUUCAGGAUGGUGGAUGUGGGCGGACAGAGGUCUGAGCGCCGGAAGUGGAUACACUGCUUCGAGAACGUGACAUCCAUCAUGUUUUUGGUGGCCCUCAGCGAGUACGACCAGGUCCUGGUGGAGUCGGAUAAUGAGAACCGCAUGGAGGAGAGCAAGGCGCUGUUCCGGACUAUCAUCACCUACCCCUGGUUCCAGAACUCCUCCGUCAUCCUCUUCCUCAACAAGAAGGAUCUGCUGGAGGACAAGAUCCUCUGCUCGCACCUGGUGGACUACUUCCCCGAGUUCGACGGGCCGCAGCGGGACGCGCAGGCAGCGCGCGAGUUCAUCCUGAAGAUGUUCGUGGAUCUGAACCCCGACAGCGACAAGAUCAUCUACUCGCACUUCACUUGUGCCACCGACACGGAGAACAUCCGCUUCGUGUUCGCAGCCGUCAAGGACACCAUCCUGCAGCUCAACCUGAAGGAGUACAACCUGGUGUGACCGCUGCGCUCUGGGUGACUGCGGGAACAGCGCCGCCUCCUCUCCACCCGCGCCUCCCUCCCGGGGCGGGCGGCCACCUUGACUUGUGGCUCGACUUUUUUUUUCUAAAAAAAUGAGAAAAAUGAGAAAAAAUGACACAGCUGAGACGCCGGUGUGCCCGUGCCCGGGACACCGCCCUCGUCCCUGUGGGCCCUCCUGCACUGGGACGCGGUGUGGGUGUGGGCGGGAGCCGCGCUGCCUCGUCCUCCUGUUAAGUUAUUGUGCCCGCCCCCGCCCUGCGUCCCCCACUCCAAGAAGCGGGGGUGGCGCCACCAGGCUGCCCACCCCGGGAAGUGCCUAAAUUUUUUUUUCUUUUUUGAGGAAAAGAGUAAAACCAAUUCACCUGGCUUUGUGGGUCUCAGAAACCCCCAAGUCCAUCACGGUGCCCAAGUUGCUGUCCCCUCCUGUUCCUCCCCGGGUCCCGAACCCAGGUCCUGACCGGACCAGACCACAGAGCCCAGUGUGGCUCCCGUGACCUGUGGGGCCAGUGGGCGCCAAGGGACUGUCCCACCCCGUGCGGCUCUGGGACUCUGGGAGAAAGCAGGCUUGGAGGGGCAUAGCAGCCUUUUCGCUCCUGUUUUUAACUAAACUUUUUUUUUAUUUUGUGGAUGUGACUGGUUUGACAACCUCGAGGGUGGGAUGGGGACAUUUUCAGGUUAUUCUCAGGUCUGUCCCCGAGAGAAGAGAGGGAACGCUGCUGGUGGCUCCUCAAGUGUGCGCCCUUGUCCCUGACGAGCCUCAGAGCCAGAAGCCAGCACUUGCACUUUGGUUGUGGAGAGCGGCAGCGGGUGGGGGUGGGGCGACAGGUGGGAGCCAGCCAGGGCUCCACACUGAGUCUGAGCGGGGGCCACCUGCCCUGGGCACGGAGGCUGGGCCCUCGGGGGCUCUGGGGGCGGAAAAGCCUUUCCUUCUGUCAUCCACUGAACACGACACUACAUAGCUUUCAUUUUAUUGUGCUUUUUUUUUUUCUUUUUGCACACUUGUAUGUACCGGGAACGGAUUGCCAGCCAUGCCUUUGACUGGGGUCUCUGUGCCCAGCCUGCGCCCUCCCCUCAGGCCUGGAGGGAAAAAUGGUGGGGACAGGGAGGCAUUGGAAGGGAGGGCCCUGUGUUUCUGGCAGCCAGCCCUGGGGGACCACUUCUUCACACCCGGGGGCCUCCUGUCGCCUGCAGGGCCCUUUCUGUGCCGUGUUCCUGCCAGGAGGGUCUGUGCCAUAAAGUCCCGAGUCGGGGCCUGGCUGGGUACGAAGGGGCUCUGGCCAUGCAGCCCAGCACCUCGACAUCACAAAAAGGGAAUGGCUUGGGGCAGCGGCGCCCUGAGCCAGCAGUGUUAGCCUUGGAGGUGCAGCCCUGGAGAGGCUGCCAUGCCAAGGUCCUGGGGGCGCAGGGCCGUCUCGGGAGAGCCCGGACAGUAGUCCUUGAAGCAGUGCCAACCCCAGGGCCACCGCCCUCCGGCCGCGUCCAGUUCCGGGUCCACAGCCCAGCCACAGGGAGCCCCUGCUCCAGGCACCCUCCCCAGAUGUCCCUGUGCCAAUGCCGGUGUCCAAGGGCAGCCAGCCAGCCUGGCACACACACCCUGGCCGUGCUUGUGUAUUCCACAGUCCUGAUUUCAGAUAACCUAAACCUUAAACUAUUUAAGAAAGACUA